AUGGGGAAAGUGAGAGCGCUGCGGUCUCGGGUGCACCGGGCGGCCGUGAGGCCGAAUGGGGAGGCUGCACCUGGUCCUGCUCCCCCGAUCCAGAAACUGUACCUAUCACAGCCCUUGAGCGGCCGAGCCGGGGGAAAGGAUUGGGCGUCCAUGAGCACUAACAUCUUUGCCAGGACCAAGAUCGACCUCAGCACCUUGGCACAAAAGCUGGACUUUGUUACAAGGAAUGUUGCUUCCCUCAAGCAAGAUGCAGAGGCAAAGGCUCUUUUGCCCAAGAAGGAAAAACUGAAGCUGAGACGGGAGAGGUGGCUGCAGAAGAUAGAAGCCAUCAAACUGGCUGAGAAGAAGCGCUUGGAGGCACAGCGGCGGAGGGCCACAGUGGUGGUGGGGGACCUGCGCCCGCUAAUGGAGGCCCUACCCGAGCUGGCGGAGCUAGAGAGUGGCGCUGGCUCACGGCACCCCAGGAGCAGGGCGACCAGCAAGCCCAGACCCACUGAGCUCAGCCGGAUGAGCGCCACACAGAGGCUUCAGCUCCUUGAGGAAGAAAGGGCCCGGUUCCAGGCACUGCUGGCCAGCCCAGCCUACCAAGCCAGCCCCCUGCAGGCCAUCGGGCAGCGGCUGGCCCAACAGAUGCAACUGGAAGCCAGCAGCAGCAGCCAGCUCUGA